GUCCUCCAGUUCCGCGCUCGUUGAACCAUUGCUAUUGCGUUCACCGUCUCGCACUCGUUUCCCCAUCACCGUAUUCACAUCGAACAUUGCAAUACCAUACGUACCAAUACCAUAUGUACCGAUACGUUUUUUCGUAACAUUUUCUCGUCCGCGCCCGAAAUCACUUUCGUCCCCGAUACCUCCACCCACGUAUUCGGUCCGGCAAGUACCACCUGUCGCGACGAACACCGCGUAAUCAACCAACGUACAUUUAUGCGCGUUCGUUUUACAGGCUACGCGUCCCUGUUACUGGCCCUGUCGCGCAUUCCGUUCCACCACAUCACCGGGUUCACCGUCGUCGUCCGGUACCGGCACCGGUUCCUGUACCGUCCCUGCGCCGCAGCUAAGUCCAGGGCGCACCAAGGCCAGCGCCGCGUUCAGUGCGAAUCAGCUCCCAAGAGUCGUGGAUCAUGCCUACUGGCCUUACGUAUCCCAUAUUGAUCCUGAUAAUCGUGUUUUUCCUCUGGUUAUUGAGACCCAAGCCCAGGCAGGUGAGACGUAACCGCUGCGGCAGAAGAUCCCCGUCGUAAGCAGGUUCCGACCACGACCACGACGACCAUAUAUUGGUUGCGACUUGAAUUCGACUCGCAGCCGUCGCGCACCAUCUGCACCCGCAGCUACGGAGCUCGUCUCUGUGAGACGACGCCGCUUUUCGCCACCGUCACCAGCAUUAUAACACCGUCACCAGAAUUUUAGCACUAUCACCAGCGUUUUAGUACCGUCACCAGCGUUAUAGCACGUCAUCAGUGUUAUAACACCGAUACCGCUUCUCCGCCACCGUCAUCAGCGUUAUAAUAUCGUCACCAGCGUUUUAGUACCGUCACCAGCGUAAUAACACCCGUCACCAGCGUUUUAGCACCGUCACCAGCGUUAUAGCACGUCAUCAGUGUUAUAACAUCGACACCGCUUCUCCGUCACCGUCACGAGCGUUUUAGCACCGUCACCAGCAUUAUAGUCUGUUAUCAGUGUUAUAACACCGAUACCGCUUCUCCACCACCGUCACCAGUGUUUUAGCACCGUCACCAGCGUUUUAGCAUCGUCACCAGCGUUUUAGCACCGUCACCAACGUUUUAGCACCGUCACCAGCGUUAUAACACCUGUCACUAGCGUUUUAGCACUGUCAUCAGCGUUAUAACACGUCAUCAGUGUUAUAACACCAACACCGCUUCUCCGCCACCGACACCAGUGUUAUAGCACCUACACCUGUACUCCGUCACCGUUACCAGCCUUUCAGCACCGACGGCCGUGCACCACCGAAUCGUCGGCCAGCACCUGGUUCACACGGCACCGCCCACUUGUUAGUUCCAGCACCAUCCACGUCUAGCGCCGCCACUACCACUAACACCACCACCGUCCCCGUUGAGCCAAGCACCGCGGUCGCGCGCAAUUGGCGCUCGGCUCCACCGGACUGACCCAGUGGACAGCGUACCAUGUGGAAAAUGAGCGACAAGAAACCGAACAAGCCGAAAAAACAGUUGGUAGUGUCAUACGUGCCAGAGAGAAGUUCGCGUUCCGCGUUCGUCCAGCACCGGACGGUCUCGCACACGCCGCCAUCAGCGGAUUCCGGUGAGUACAAUACGCCCAGCCGUCACCAUAGACGCGGCGCGAUCCGCAUCAGGCGUCCCGUGUCACUCGACAGUCGCCGCCCGAUGGAACAGCGCGAGCACAACUCGUACGUGGACACGUCGUCGUUCACCGAUCUUUCGCCACCGUCGUUCGCCUAUCGUUCGCCAACGCCGUUCGCCUAUCGUUCGCCACGGUCGCUCGCCUAUCAUUCGCCACCGUCGUUCGCCUAUGAUUCGUCACCGUCGUUCGCCUAUCAUUCGCCACGGUCGUUCGCCUAUCAUUCGCCACCGUCGUUCACCAAUCAUUCGCCACCAUCGUUCACCGAUCUUUCACCACCGUCGUUCACCGAUUAUUCACCACCGUUGUUCGCCGAUCAUUCGCAACCGUCGUUUGGAAAUCGAUCGCGGCCGUUCGCCGACCAGUCACCGUCGUUCACUGAUCAGUCACCGCCGUUCACCGAUCAGUCACCGUCAUUCACCGACCAGUCACCGUCGUUCGCUUAUCAGUCGCCACCGUUCACCGAUCAGUCACCGUCAUUCGCCGACCAGUCACCGUCGUUCGCUGAUCAGUCGCCGCCGUUCACCGAUCAGUCACCGUCAUUCGCUGAUCAGUCGCCGCCGUUCUCUGAUCAAUGGUCGCCGUUCGCCGAUCAGUCACCUCUGUCACCGCCAUCACCACCGUCGACCACGCCAGUGGCCGUCGCCAACAGACCAUUCAUCGACUUCGGCACGGUCAGCGAGGAGUUGCUGUCCACACCGGUCGGGCCCAGCGCCGCGGAAACUGCAGACGCCGACAGCCAGGUGCUCGGGUACUUGUCGUGGCCCAGUGAUCGGGAUAUGGAUCGCAGCAACGUGCAGGUGCAGUUGCCCAACGGCAUGUGCGAGGUGUGUCGCAAGUGUCGGUGCGUCACGUGCCGGCGCAAGUGUCGGUUCCUUCGGAUGAACGUAUUCAAUCACUCCAUACCGACGUACGGAUGGGCGAGGUUUGUGCCGUGCGUGACCAAAAACGGGCCGUGCCAGAUGUGCACCAACCGCGCCCCGCCUAACACCGACUGGUUACAGGUCGUCGGCCCGUGCUCCGAGCAGUGUAAUCCCGACGGCAGCUCCGUGGUCGCCAGGUCCACCCGCCGGCCGUCUAUCAAGCGGCAACUGUGCAUGUUGUUUUGUUUUUGUUGCCCGUACUCGUGCGUGCCCGGCCCGCCACUCAAGUGCAUCGCCCGAUGCUCGGAAAACUGCAGCGGAAACGUUUUCUUGCGUGAAUGCAGGUGCGUGAACUGGGACGCGGCGGUCUUGAUUAGAAUCUUCAAACAUCAAAGAUCGCCCGGGUCCAGCGGAAAACAGUCUGGCUGCGGCUUUAAAAUAGCCUCCAUGUCCACUAUAUGGUCCCUUUUCUGGCGUUGCGUAUCCUCUUCCGAUGCUAAAGGUACCACCAAAAACAACACCACCAAAGACACCACCACCAAAAACGCCAUCAUCGAAAAUACUACUACCAAAAACACCAUCAUUGAAAAUAUCACCACCAAAAACACCAACACCAUUGCUGCCUCCGUCCUGGCCACCGUCUUGCUACCGCCACCGCGUCAAGUUAUACCGAUCAUCGAGUACUGCUUGAGGCCGAAAAAUAUCCGUAAAUUACUGUACAACGACACCAUAAGCCUGUCUCUGAUUGUCAGCCACGACAAUACCAAUAUCGCGAUCGCAUUGAAAACCAUUGUCUGCGAUGAUCAAGUCGUCACUCUGAUACCAUAUUCCAGUGGCAAACAUCGGUGCAUCAUCACCAGGUCUAUGAUUUUAAGCAAAUGCAAAGCGGGUUAUUACAACGCUGAGAUUUUGAAAGUAUUUCUCGCCGCUGCCUGUUACAGCUUUGAGUAUUUACAAACAUUUUUAAUUUACAAGUAAGCACCAAUGCGUGUGUUUACGUGCGCGUGCGUGUACGUGUGUGUAUAUGUGUACGGACAUAAGAACGUUCGCGUGGCUAUUCAAAAAUCAAUUACAUCGAUACGACGCAGUCGACCCGUAAAAAAGAUGGCAUUCUAAAACCUGUCCGUCUUGUUCCCGUUGUCCUUUGGAGACCGCGGGAGAAAAAAAAUCAUCAAAAAACCGCUUGACAACUGAUCGGAAGAUAAUGGAAGAAAACUGUACAUAGGUUUGCGUUUAUUUUAAUUUUCUUCUCCGAUCGGGUUGGGUCGACUAACAUUUUCCAGCAUUGCCUGAUACGUGAUACUAACCGUACGUGCUCGUACGCGAUGUAUGGCGUCCGUAUACACAAUACACCGUAAAUCUCGCGGAAAAUUAGUCUUAAGUCCACUGUUUCUCAUCCUACUGCACGUUGGUAAAAUAGUUAUCAACAUUUUUAGAAUUAGUUCUUCACAUAUUUAGAUUAGUCUUUUCGUUCUAAGUAUUUUAGAGUAGCAUUGCGCGUAUGUUUAAGCUUAAUAAUAAUAUUUUUAGGAAUUAUUCUUAACUCUUAUUGCAUUAUUACUCUCCUAAUAAUGCUUUAACGUUAAUUCAUAGUGGAUAGGUUCUCCCCCGCUGCAUAUUAUUAUGACGUUACGACCGGGUACGUACGAAAUCGUAAUGAUAAAAUCUACGAAUGGACCUCAGGUGUGCGCAAUGUAGGUGCGUUGUAGUGGUCACGUUAGCUUCUGGUCCGUUCAUUGUCAUUAUUAUUAUUAUGUAACAUUCGCGUUUUGUUCGUUGACUUGCGUUCGUUUCGUCCGCUUCUGCCCCGGCCCGUACGAUUAAUUCUCUUGUCUAUGUUUAACCGUUAUUCCAUACUACAUUAAGUCAUUUUUAUCUAAUAUAUGUGAGUAAAUUUUAUUUAUAGUCUUAGGGACGGCGCUAGGAUAUGGAAAGUGGAACAUUUGUUCACCGACAUUAUUUAAUCGACAAAAGUUAAAAAACUUCUUACUAAUUUUUUUUUUUUUUUAAACAUUUUAAUAUAAGGUCUCGCAAACCCUAGCGCCGUUCCUGGAUAGUAUAUGUGUAAGUAUAUGUUUUAAUCGACAUUUUUCUUGUUUCCAUACAUUUUACCCGUACUAUAGGUUAGGUUAAGUUAGGUUAGGUAAGCUUAGGUUAGCCUAGGUCUAUAGAUUAGAAUUAUUAUAUCUUUUAUUUAGGUUAGGUUAUCGAUUAGAUACUAUUUAUUUUUUCGCACGACAACUAUAGCGUUUUCCCGUGCCAUUCUUUGCAAAACAUGGACGUUUAAUAUUAUAACACUUCAAUAUAUUUUACAAGAAGCCAACUAUUUUAUAUUAGAUUUCGUUUUAAGUACAUUCGUUUAAAAAUAAUAUGGCCAAAUUGAAUUUCACUUCGGAUUUAAAAAGCCCUGCCUACAUAACUACAUUCGAAUUUUUAAAUUUAUAUUUGUAUAUAUAUAUACAUCUCAUGCGAUCCGGCUGGUUGACAUGUGUUUGCAUUAAUUUGUGUUUCCGGUUCAAACGCAUUUAAUCCAUUCACAAAUCUAAUCUUAUGGAUAUUAUUAUUAUUAUGUUUUUAUUUUAUUGUAAUAUAAAUCGAUGUUAUACAUAUAAGUUAGUUUAGGUUAUUAUGCAUAUAAGUUAGGUUAGUUUAUUAUACAUUUAAGUUAUAUACUCAAAGUUAGUUUAUAGGAUAUAUUAUUAUAUGUGUUUGUGUGUGCUAUAUAUUAAGUCUAUUUAAUAUUAUGUAUUAUGCACGCUACGAUGACCUGUAGCUAGGCGACUACUAACGAUAUCGGACGAUUACGUCGAUGAUUAUUUUGAAGAUCCCGGUUUCCUGCGUCAUUUAUGGCAAAAGAGAUGAUAUAAUGUUGCGCAUUAGACGCUACUUAAAUCAGUUUAUACGAUGCGAAUAUAUGUGAAUAUAUGCGGAAAAUGUUUUUAAUUGGAUUGAUCGACCUGUACGUGUAAGCAGGAUCGCUUAAAUCCAUUUCCAGGACCUGACCAUCAAAUGCACGACCCCAGCUGGCACGUCGAGGGCUUUUCUCGAGGAUUCUGGAUAAUUGAUUGUGUAUUUUGAGUAUUUCGGAUAUAUGAUAUGUGCCCACAAGUCUUUGUGGCUCACGCCACCAGCCCCGUCGCAGUGGAGAAAUCAUAGGUAUAUCAAUUAGGUCUGUGUUGGUCCUAUUUGGCAAAUUAUGCGGCGCGACAACGAUUUAUUAUAUGACAAUAAAUCGUUGGAUUUGCAUAAAAAAAAAAAAAAAAAAAAACA